AUGUCUGAAGCCCUUUUCAAGUUCUUUGCUAUCGUCUGCGCAGGCCCUCACAUCGGGAUUCCUAUCGUGAAGGUAUUCCUCGCCAUUGACAAUUCAAUUCUCGUCAUCGCCAGACCGACCUCCACAGACACCUCUGCACUGUUCCCAGACGAUGAUUCUAGCCUGAAGGGUCUCAGAAAUCCUUCCGAGAACAAAGUAGGCGUCCUUAUUUCUAUCGUCACACUUGUCUUCGGAGGCGUACUUGUCAUGAUCAGGGACGCAGAGUGGAUGUAUACGACGUUUGUGGCAUGUGGAAAUGAAGACAACAUUUAA